AUGACUGAUUAUAUCCGCACCAUUUGGCAAACAUCCACCCCCAGAAGUGCCAUCAUGACCCGCCCACUCGCCACUGCUACUACUUCGGCCACGUCGACUGAACCCAUGUCGUCGGGCCCAAUGGCUACAUUCGACGCCCCACUCGCGGUCAUGGACUGCAUCAAACUCGAACCGCCGGCGUCGCCGACUGCCUCGUCGUUCCUCGCGGCAGACGGCGCAACCAGUCCGUCCCAUCGCUACGUACAACAACAACAGCAGCAGCAGCAGCAGCAACAGCGUCGGCCUAUCACGCACAAGCGCAAGUCGCUCGACGCGCCCGCCGACACGUCGUUCCUGAGCAAGCGGCUCAAGACCGAAGCGCCGCUGCUGGACGCCAGUGGCGAAGAGCGGCUGCGGGCUAUGGAAGCGCAGCUCGAGCACUUGGACCCCGAGUCGAAAGAGGCCAAGAAGAAGCGCCGGCUGAUCCGCAACCGCAUGUCGGCGCAGCUCCAUCGCGAGCGCAAAAAGGCCUACGUGGGCCAAUUGGAAGACCAGCUGCAAGCCAAGGAACACCAGCUCAAGGCGCUGCAGGAGCAGAUGGCGGCCAUGGCCAUGGAGAGCGAACAGCUCAAGCAGCAGCUUGUGGGCCGCCAAGAACAGUGCCAGCUCCAGUCGCAGCAGCUCCAGUCGCAGCAGCUCCAGUCGCAGCAGCAGCAGCAGCAGCAGCAGCCGUGCGGUGGUCUCCUGGACGUCAAGGCCGACCACGGACCGAUCAAAGUCGAGCCGGUGGAGCUGCCCAAGCCAGUGGUCGUGGUGCCCGAGGCGGCGCCAGCUGUGGACUGGGCCGCUUGCCUCGAAGACAUGGACGAAGGUAUGGUGGGCGAAGACUUGCUGUGUGACCUGGACGAGUCGCCGCUCGCAGCGUAUGGAUUCGGUGCCGGGCUUCGGGAAGAGACAGCGCGCGUUGCUGCUGCUCUCGCGAGCGACGAGUUGCGGCACAAGACACAGGCGCUGACGACGCAGCAGUCGCACUGCGAGAUCCAUGCUGCUAAGAAGAACCUGGCCAUGAUGAUGGCCAUGAUGUUCUCCGUGACGUUCUGCGGGCAGAGCGAGCCAGUGGCCAGCGUCGCGAAUGGCAGCAACUUCUCGUCCAUGUUUCGCGCUGUUCCGGUGAAAGAGCUGUCGCAGAUGAGCAUUGCCUCGCGCAUUGUCGCGUGCCUGGAGAAGACGUCGUGGGAGGACUUCCAGGACGUCUCGUCGUGGACAGCGUCGGCUGCGAGCGCGGCGGCCGCUGCAGUCGUUGCUGUGUCGAGCGACAAGAAGUCGCGCUCGUCGUCGUCGUCAUCCCGGAAGCCUGCAAACUCGCCGUCAGCAGCGUCGGACGUGACGGACUCGGGAUCGUGUGGUUCCCCCAAGGAGUCGGACGACGUGGACAUGAGCUUUGACACGGACUUGAUCGAGGAGUUUGUCUACCCCGUGGACGAGCCGUUUGCUCCGGCACUGGCCGACACGAACUGGUUUGGCGCCGACAGCGACGAGUUUGGCCAGAGCGACGUCGAGGGCGACGACAAGCGCGUCUCGGAGACCAAGACGACGCUGAAGCCCGUGUCCAUGACCUCGCGGCUCUACGAGAAGCUGACGAAGCUCUGGAACGAGAACAACCAGGUGCUGCUCACGGUGCUGAACGGCAAGAACGAAGUGACGCGGCGCUCGGUGGCCGACAUGAGCACGAUCCGGAAGAGCAUAUCGACCGGUGCGUUGUUCCCGACGACGGCCACGACGAGUGCGUUGAACGACGAGCUGCUCGAGAAGCACGACCAGUCGGUCACGUUUCUGUAUCCGCUGAGCGCGUUCUCCGAGGACCAGCGAUCGGCAGCUUUCCCUCAUGGCGCUGGACUGGAUCAAGUGUUCCUGGAAGUGUCGUGCCAGAUCAAUGGCGCGGCGAGCUCUGUGCUAUAG